ACCUGGUCAAGGCCUAUGAUACCAUCAGUAGGCCUGGCCUCUGGGUUGUUCUUCAUACUUUCGGAGUCCCUCAGCCUUUGCUCAAGAUCUUUAAGGACCUUCAUGAUGAUGGCCAAGGCUGAAGAGAAGGUGGGCUCCAGGAGCGACGUGCAAUGGAGUGCGCUGCCCACAUCGGACGGCGUUGCCAUCGCCAGUAGUAAAACCCCACGAGAAAUCUUGAAGCUCUUUGGGGAUUUCCUGACCCCCACCGAGAGAAGCGAGGUCCUCACCGUGAAUAACAUCUGGUAUUUCGGCGUCCAUAACAAAGGCUUUGGCACCCAGAACCAUGGCUACGAUGAUGUCUACAACCAUUAUGUCUCGGUCGAGCAUGAGCACCUCAAUUUCCGGUAUGAGGUGCUGAAGAAGGUGGUCGGACCUUACAGCCAGAUCUUCAAAUGCCGUGACCACAAGACCAACACCCGAGUGGCUGUGAAGAUGUGGAGACAGUCAUUCAGUGCUGAGGAAGACCACAGCCAGUGGAUGGAGUACCACAUCUUGCUCCAACUUCAGGGCUGGGCUAAUGAUGAUGUCAACGUUGUCAGAAUCCUCGACUUUUUCACCUUCAGGGGUCACAACUGCCUCGUCAUGCAGCUCAUACCGAAGUACGUACCCCGCUGUCUGAGCAGCUGAACAGAGACAUGCAAAGCUGGCUGCUCCACUCCAUUUUCACCUCCAGACUUGCUCAUUUUUCUACAGCCACGCCAACAACCGGCAGUGUGGCGGCAGUGGUAACACUCGUGCAUCAUACCAAGAGGUUGGUUUCGAUUGCUGACUCGGAUAUAAGUGUCUGUGUGGAGUUUGUUCUCCCCUUGUUCUGCAUAGAAUUCCUCUGCAUUCUCCGGAUUCCUCCAAUAGCAAAACACUCACACACAAUUUAACUGGCAUCCGA